UUGGUGCGGUUUAUUGUUUUGAACAUUCGAAUAUUCACCAACUUUCAAUGAACUUCACAUUUUACCGGGGUUCUUUUCAAAUCUGAAAAAAGACUGUUGUAAACUUGUGGUUUUUAUAUGCGACGCAUUUCGAAAUCUUCAAAGUCCAUGUUAAUUUCAGAUGUCAGUCAAAUUGGCUGGAACCGCAUUACGCGAAGUGCGUAUCCAUUUGUGUCAGAAAAGUCCAGCAUCUGCCGGAGUCCGCGCUUUUAUCGAAAAUGAUUAUGUGGCGAUUAAGAAAGCGAAUCCACAAUUCCCAAUUUUGAUUCGAGAAGCAUCCGGAAUCGUGCCAAGGUUAGGAAAAUCAUCUGCGUCAGGCCUGUGCCGGAAAAUCAAAACCCGGAAAACGGAAAGUCGGAAAAUUUCCGGAUUUUUUGAACCGGAAAUCCGGAAAAUUCGGAAAAUUUUUCAAAGUCUGAAAUUUCGAUUUCCAGCCUUAACUUGGCACUAAAACUUAUUUUUAUUCACAAUUCUUCUAUUCACAGGUAAUUUAGUAACUAUUUGAGACGUCUUACGUUCAAAAAAACAGUAAAAUUUGAAAAAUUGAAAAAAAAAUUUCCGAAAAUUUCAUUUUUUCUAUCAUAAACUGAGAAAAUUUUCCAAAAUUUAGGCAAUUUUGAAAAUAUUACUACUAGAGAUCAUUUCCGGAUUUUCCGAGCACGUUUUCCGGAAAACCGGAAAAUUGAUUUUUCCGUGAAAAAACCGGAAAAUCCGGAAAUUCGGAAAAUUCGGAAAAUUUCCGGCACAGGCCUGAUCUGCGUUUUUCAUUCUCACAAUAUUCAUUUUGUUUUCUCGUCAAACAAUUUUAAUGUUCCAGAAUCUUUGCUCGUUACGAACACGGAGUCGAAAAAGUUGCAACAUUGGAAAAUUUAUCAAGAGAAAAGGUAAUUUUUCAUCUGUUUUCGAUAUGAAGAAGAUAAGAGUAAAAGUUACAUUUUUCUUAUCUGAUCAUUUGUUAACCCAAUUAUACAUAUUACUGUUUAUUUAUUUCCAGGUUCAAUCAACUCUUGCCAAUUUGGCUGCACGUGUCUAA